AUGUUCUCUAGAAUCGCAAAAAGAUCCUUCUCUUCAUCCGCUGCUCAAAACUAUAAAGUCUCUGUUCUUGGUGCUGGUGGUGGUAUCGGCCAACCUUUAUCCCUUUUAUUAAAAUUAAACCAUAGAGUUACUAAAUUAGCUUUAUAUGAUUUAAAAGGUGCUCCAGGUGUUGCCGCUGAUAUUUCUCAUAUUCCAACUGAUUCAAAAGUUGAAGGUUUCACUCCAGAAAAUGAUGGUUUAAAAAAUGCUUUAACUGGUACUGAUGUUGUCUUAAUCCCAGCUGGUGUUCCAAGAAAACCUGGUAUGACUAGAGAUGAUUUAUUCAAUAUCAAUGCUUCAAUUGUUAGAGAUUUAGCUUCAGCUGUUGCUGAACAUGCUCCAAAUGCUAAUGUCUUAGUUAUCUCAAACCCAGUUAACUCAACUGUUCCAAUUGUUCGUGAAGUUUUCAAACAAAAAAAUGUUUACAACAAGAAUAGAUUAUUUGGUGUUACUACAUUAGAUGUCUUGAGAGCUUCAAGAUUCCUUUCAGAAGUUGUUGGUACUAACCCAGCUAAUGAAAGAGUUUCAGUUGUUGGUGGUCAUUCAGGUAUCACAAUUGUUCCAUUAUUAUCUCAAACUACUCAUAAAGAUUUAAAAGAAGAUGUUAGAGAUGCUUUAAUCCAUAGAAUUCAAUUUGGUGGUGAUGAAGUUGUUAAAGCUAAAGAUGGUGCUGGUUCCGCCACUUUAUCAAUGGCUCAAGCUGGUGCAAGAUUUGCAGGUGCUGUUUUAAAAGGUUUAGAUGGUGAGAAAGAUAUUAUUGAACCAACUUUUGUUGAAAAUCCAAUUUUCCAAAAUGAAGGUAUUGAUUUCUUUGCAACUGAAGUUACUUUAGGUCCAGAAGGUGUUUCAAAAAUUCAUGGUUUAGGUGAAAUUUCAUCUCAUGAAGAAGAAUUAAUUUCAAAAGCUAAAGAAGCUUUAGUUAAAAACAUUGCUAAAGGUCAAACUUUUGUUACUGAAAAAUAA